UCGAUGACCGCGAGGAAGUUCCUCUUGCUCUUCACCGGUCAGCAAGGUGGUAGUGAAUGACUUGACGGCUCAUGUAAAUAAAACGGACCCGCGCCGCCGUAAUUGCGCAAGAAUGGCAAACUCUGUGGACGACACGCUGCCCGACGAGGAGAGGGAGUUUCAGAAGGCUGUAGCGUUGAUCGGAGGUAAAGAGAGGAUUUAUUUGGUGAGUGACCCAUGCUCAAGUAAAAAGGAGGACGGGGAUGAUGCUGGAAUAUUGCAAGAGUUCAUCCGAGAAAUGUUUCCUGGCAGCCUGGCGGACAGCAACGUGCAGCCCCACGCCUCUCCGUCAAGCAUUCACAGUGACACCGCAAGUGCAAAUCAUGUUUCCUGUAAGACUGUUGAAAGCAAUGAAAUACCUCUAACAGCGACGCCCAAGGAUUUGGAUGUGACAGCGUGUCCAGAGGGACCAACGCGCAAUGACAACCCCCAGAGAACAGCAACGAGGAGGGCAAAUGUUUACAGCCCAAAGCGAGCCAUAGACUCUCCUGUCAUCAUUUUCAUCUUCAGACAGACAUUUCUCAGCGAAAAAUCCAACCGACUGUGCUUAAAAGAGAUCUUGAAGGAUGUAAAGGCGCGCACGAAACGUUCCAAAAUAGCUCGACCAGCUUUGAUUGGAUUAAUACACACAAGACAAGAGAGUGCCGAGACGCAUCAGUGUGCGCAACUCCUGGAGAGUCUGAUCCGCUCAGUGUUUCACAAACAUUCACCAGAGUCCGUGUGGGUCGGCUGUUUCAUUCCGAAGACAGAGGCCAAAAUGCUCAGCAUCAAGACAAACGCCUGCAACGUUAUACGCUCAUCUCAAACAGCAGAUAAUACCAGGGAUAGAGGGAACUUUUUUUGCUGGCCAUUCCAGUGUUUGUUCUGGCCUCAGAGAAGAGGAGCCAGAGGCCUGGUCAACAACUCUUCAACUACCAGGGAAAGAGGUGACCAUGGAAAUAUUGAGGAAAGCAUCCCUCUGAAAACCAAUCCUUUGUCUGCUGGACCAUCUGCUGAUGAAGAAUCAGCUGGAAGAGACAGCUGAUGAUGACAUGACCUGUGGCUGGAGGCAUAUCACUGUAGACAAUCCUGUUUUCACUGUGAGAUUGGCUUUAUGGUGCUACAGAGCUUUACUACCUGUUACAGUGUUUCUUCACGGUGCUUGUUCUGAAGAAAUAUGUUGAUAAAUCAUCAAAUCUGUUGCCAUCUUGCUUAUUCACAGUCUCUUCGGUCUACAAUGGUUAGUCACAAAGGGAGUUUAGUGUGUAUGUAAGGUAGUGUUGAUCACUUAGCCAUAAUCACUUUUUAUUUUUUCGCUUUUUUGUUUUGAUUAUGUCAUUUUAGUACAUGUUGGUACUGUAAUACAGCUACAACAGAUGUACUCCUUUAACAUAGUCAA